GCUCUUCACCUCUACGACGCUCUCAAAGGCAAACAGUAUAAAUCUUUAAUUCUCGAGUAAACACAGUCCAAUCCCAGAUACAAGCCCAGUACAACGAUUUAAAAUUUCCCAAGCAUUGGAUUUUUCAUAACAUUAACGCCAGUGUGGUUUUUAGCUGGAUCGAGGUCAAAAGCUUUGAUUAAUCAUGCCUCCCAAGAAGCCGAAGCAAAGUACAGCUGCACCCGAACCUGUGUCUCCGAAUUGGCCCCCCUUCAAACCUCUCAUGCCACCUACGAAUCUAUCGCUCCAAACCAUUGUUCCUGGCCAAAUCAUUACAAUACCAAACUUUUGGACGUCUACUUUGUGUAAAAACUAUGUCUCGUUCUUGAAGGGCUUGCCAUUAACCACAACACCUGGGAAGCCUAAAAAGGGUGAUGCACUGAGAGUCAAUGACAGAUUUCGAAUUGAUGACUGGGACUUUGCCGAACGACUUUGGAGAGAGACAGGACUGAAGGAGCUGUUAUGUGGGGAAAUUGAGAGGGAAUAUGAAGAAGAGGGUGAUGCGAUGAGCGAAGAAGAACGAAGAGAGUUAUGGGGAGGAGAUGUUGUAGGUCUCAAUCCUGCUAUCCGGAUAUAUAGAUAUUCCAAGGGGCAGUUCUUCGAUUGUCAUUAUGAUGAAUCAAACCUCAUCACACUCCCAACAAAGCCGGCGUCUACUCAAGCAAAGACAACCUGGACACUAUUGUUAUACCUCACAUCUCCAGCAACAGGUUGUCUAGGAGGAGAAACAGUCUUUUACCCUGAGGAACUUCCCAACAAGAAGUCUCCUAUUGAUAAACCUAUUGUCAUAGGCCUCGAAACUGGGAUGGUCUUGUUGCACAAGCAUGGAAAUGAUUGUAUGUUGCAUGAGGGAAGAGAAGUUACGGGUGGUGAGAAGUGGAUUAUAAGGACUGAUGUUUGUAUAAAACGUGCGACUAAGUCAACGUUCUAAUAUCUACGAAUUAGUACUGAAUCUCAUCACCAACCUACAUUUUUGGUAUAAAUUAUUUAUAUUUA